CUCGCUGCUGGCGUCGACCCUAACCUAAGGGAACCACGGUCAAAAUUCCCGCUGUUGUACUACGCGAUACUUUGGGGUAGCGGGGUGCGUCCCGAAAGGACUAUUCAGGCGCGACUCGCGUGCAUUUCGAUGCUGCUGGAGGCCGGCGCUUCAGUAGAUUUAGGUCCCGAGGGUACCGAUGGAAGAACGCCGUUGCAU